GAUCAUUUCACUGUGUUCUGCUGUAAACUGAGCGCAGAACCAGAAGCAAAUAGACCAGACCUUGAAUAUCUAGAAGAGCAGCGUGGCCUGAACCACAACUGAGCCGCAGCCGGUGCAACAUGGACGAGGACACUUCAGAGCAAGUUGGACCCUCAACCACAAAAGGUCAGGACCACAGACUGAGAGCAGAGUCUCCAGGGUCCAGCUGUCUGUCUCUGAAGAGUGACCGGUCCAUGAAUCAUCCUCUAGUCUUCAGUAAAGAACCUGGACCCUCACCCACAGAGGAGAGGAAGAGGAGUCAUGUUCCUGAGGAGGAGCAGUCGUCCUGCUGUGCUUCGUGUCAGGACGUCCUGAAGGAUCCAGUCUCCACCAGCUGUGGACACUGGUUCUGCAGACAGUGCAUCACCUCAUACUGGGACCAGUCUUGCUCUUCAGGAGACUCCUCCUGUCCCCAGUGUGGACAAAGAUCCAGAACAGGAGCUGGAGGUCAGACAGCCGGUCAGAGCAGCACUGUACAUGUGUCUGCUGAUGUCUUCACUUCUGACAACAGCACAUGUGGUUUUAUUUUGUUCCUUCAUACAGCAUCAACAUUUAACAUCGUUAGAAAAGCACAAAGUUAAAAAGCUUUUAUUUUCUCUAGUUUUUCUGUAUCUGAUGAAAACAAUCAGCAGAUUCUCAGAUUCUCUGUCUCUCACAUUGUUUCUUGUCUUUCAGCAGAUCGUGGUCUG